AUGACGACGCACCUAAGGGUUGACCGCAAAAUGAGAACCAUAUUUGUUGAGUUCAAGGAAGCUCAGCAUACAGGUAUUGGUUCUGCGUUGGCAGCUACAAUUACUCCAGUUGCCCCUCCAAGUGACCCAGAUAGACUGCGGAAUUUCUAUUAUUUCACAAACUUUGCCAAAGUUCAGUCAGAUAUCCGAUAUGCUCUCCUCCAAGACCGAUCAACCGGGGUCAAACUCUCGAAGCAGGAGGGCAAUGCGUGGGUAGAAGUUUUCGUGGCAUACUGGAAAGCAGUGGCAGAUAUAGUCGAAAUCGAAGAGUCGCCUCAAACCGGGAAUUGGACCAAAGUCUUUAACGCUUGGAAGCAAGUUGCCAAUCUUCUCAUCCGCGGGUACACCAACGGAGGGUUCCAGGCGUGGACAUUGCCUUGUAUAUAUGUCGUCGGGAGAUAUCUUCGAAUAUUCGCGAUGGAAGCGGAUGCCAGCACUUCCCAGGAUUCGGAUACCUUUAAUAAUGGCUUCCAAGAUGACGUUAUAUCCGACUCCAGUAAGCAUGCCAAGUUAGAGGAUUCUUCUCAAAUAAUUAACCGGAUGUUCACGCUAUGUCUUCAUGACAGGGCGCCAAUUGAAGAGUCUCGUAAAUGGGGCGUAUAUAAUACCGUGAAUCUUUCCUUCAAAACGUAUUUUAAGGUUCGGAUUCCUGGGAGACUUCUGUCAUGGCUUCUGCUCGGGGCCGUAUCAUCGUGUAAAAGCCUGCUGCGCGCUAUAGAUGCAUCACACGCAGAUUUACCGCCAGUUUCAGCUUUCCCCAAAUCGCACAUCGUCACUUUCAAAUAUUAUCUUGGGGUGAUAUGUUUCCUUGAAGAGAACUACGCAGAGGCCGAAGAGCAUUUGAGCUACGCGUGGAAAAUGUGCCAUCCCCUGGCGAAGAAAAAUAAAGAUCCCUUGUGCAAGUGCAUCAAGAAAGGCGACCUCACAGGAUUUGACGCCGCAAUGGCGGCUGGCGAGAACGAAUUUGUCAAGAAGCGUAUAUAUCUUCCUCUCGAAAGGGGACGAGAUAUCGCACUCCGCAAUCUCUUCCGGAAAGUGUUCUUGGCUGGAGGAUAUGAUCCACCGGUGAACGGGCAACCACCCAUCAGGCGGACGAGAAUCCCUGUUGCGGAAUUCGCUGCUGCAAUUAGAUUAGGCAACAAGACGAGACCUUUCUAA